AUGUCUACAUACAAUUUCUUGUCGCGAUUAGCUUUUCCUACCUUUAGAACAAAUUUCUGCCAUAAAAGAUGCAGUAUUGCGUCGUUGAAAUCACCGCAAACUCUCGCAAAAUCAUCCAUUCAAAUGAAAGGCUGUAUCUUCGCAACUCGAAGGAAAUUCACGACCUCUUCGCACAAUUCAAACUCUCAUAAGACGAUCGUUAUGGUUGUUACGUCAUUACGGGUGGACCGAGUUGCUGCCUCGGGCCUGGGUAUAGCGAGAAGAAAGAUUGACCAUUCUCUUUUGAGCGGUAACAUCUUCCUGAAUGGAGAAAAAGUGACCAAGAAAAGCAGGAAUGUAGUUCAAGGUGAUGUUAUAAAAAUGAUUUUUGAAAGACAGCCAAACAAAGAUGUCAUAAAAUAUGGAGAAGUCAAGGUCAUUGAGAUUGGUGAUCUUACAAAGAAAGGAAAUCAUAACAUUGAACUUCUAAGAAAUAAGUCAUUAAGUAUGUCAACACAUGAAUUCUGGGAACAUACAAAAAGUAAAGAUGUGAUUAACUUUUCAACAUAAAAAUAAGAGAAUAUUUAUUCAUAUUUA